AAACUCCGCAAGUACUUCAGCACCAUCUACCAAAACGAAAUUACACACAUUCUCUUUAAUCACAUCUAAAGCAACAAGAAACCAUUAUCUUCUCAAUAAGGCUCAUUUUAAUAUUUUAGCUCAAGAAGAAAAAAGACGUUCCGUCAAUAAUUUCCAUAUCCAACAUCAACCAAAUCCACUAAUAACCAUGGCUGCAAACCCCUCCACACAACAGCCACUCGAGAAGAAACAAGAACAAGCCGGGAAUAUAGACCCCGCCGCCCAAUUCGAUCUAGGCAUUACCCUAAUCCUCAAUUCCUGGCCAGCGCUCAACCUCGCUGUGCAAAGCGCCUGGGGCGGACCCUCUUCCAGCGACAAACGCGACUGGCUCUGCGGUGCUAUCUCACAACUCUUCGUUGACCGGCCGGAGACCGACGCGGAAGAUAUUGAGGAUGUCCUGAUACAAGUGAUGAACGACGAGUUUGAUGUCGUCGUUGACGAUGAGAGUGCGGGCGAUAUUGGACGCAGGAUCAUGGAGAUCAGAACGGAAACGCAGAAGGGGGACUUUACAGGGGUGACAAGGAUGUGGGACGAGUGGAAGGCGAAGGGGGGUGCCGCUGGUGCUAGUGCUGGAACUUUUACGAAGGUGGAGGUUAAUGGGCAUGAGGAUGAGGACGAGGAUGAAGAUGACGACGAGAGUGGAGUUGGGGACUGGGCGGAUGAUGUUGAGAUGGAGGAUGCGCAGGUGCCAGUCGCGCCAUCAAAUAAUGACACCCCGAACAUUGAAACACCCAGAUAUGAGGCCCCGAAGGAAACGAGGAGGGGAAUAGACGGGCAAUGGGAGCGAGGAAAGUUCUUGCCCGAGCCUUUGGUUGAUGAGGAUGGGUUUACAAAAGUCGUUUCGAAGAGAAGGCGAUGAUGGAUUCCCCCCUUUUAUUUCUCUGGCAUAUAUGUCUCUGGUCUUUAUGAUUCACAUAUCUUCCCUGCUAGAUUACCUGGGAAUUGCGGUUAGCAUCGAGGGCGUUUAUAGUGUUCAUUUGUUGUUUGUUCAAUACUUCAGGAAAAGUUUUACAUGGAUAGUUACGAAAUAGAAAUGCAAGCCAUGACUGAUGACUUUGAGAAAGUGCGCGAUUAGCGAGCUGCCCCUGUGAUAAAUCAUUUUGUAUCCGUAUUUCACUGGCCCCAUUUUUUUUAUGUUAAAGAUAACCUAUAUAAAGAACAAGGUUGACAAAAGGAAAUCGUAAAAUAGUCUAGAAGUUGGUCAUGUCAUGGUAUCAAAUGCAUUAUUCCAGUGCCGUGCCACCACAUUCAAUGCAUUUCCCACUCAUGAAAAUCGCCCAUCUCUUUCCUCAGCUGUCCGCUGGUGGAACCUCCCGACCAAAAAACCAAC